AUGUCGUCAGAACGGUUCAUGUCUUCUCCAAGUCCCGUGGAAUCCGUCGAUUCCUUCGAUUCAGGGCCACCAGCAGCACCCACAGCAACCAGAGAGUCUACUACGGAUUCGACGGGAAAGAUACAACGAUCCAACGAUGUCAUGAUAACCUUGUCGCUACCACCUCAGCCAGUGAUGACACCUCAAAGCCGUUCCCCUUUGGCCCGGUCGCAUUUCCGUUCUCGUUCGCUGGCCGAGGUUCCGAAUGUGCCUCCCAUGACGCGCGCUUACUCCUCUCCGGGGCUGGAUUCCCGGGGUCGAUAUAUUUUCGUGAAUGGUCGCGGGGCCCCGACUUCCAAUCCACUCGAGAAUGGUAAACGCCAUCCGUUCUUGCAGGUCGCUACGGGGGAUGCUCUUGAGUCUAGGAUGGCAUCGUUGAGAAUAUCAGAACCUAUUGCAGAGCAUUCGGAACUCGAUACCGCCAUGAACACAUCCUCACAUACGGACGCAGAGUCAGCGCAUGCUGUGUCGCCUGCGAUACCCACCCACCAUACCUUCCCCCGGAUGGGCCGUCGACGGCCCUCGUCCCCGCUUCACUUUCACUCGGGCAACGCUAGUAGUCCCGGUCCUUUUCCUACACACUCCUCUUCGCCAGUGAUGCUCGGUUCGAAAUACAACGAAGCCUUCCCGUCCUAUUCCAGUUCGUCCGCGUCUUCCAUGCCUUCGACACCCACAAGCUUGCGUUCUCGCAGCCCCAGUAUAUCUUCGUUGGAGACGAUCCCUGAUAUUCCAGAUGCGGAGGCUGCGGCCAGUGAGGCAGAUCAGGUCGCGGCUUUGAAAGCGGCUGCUGACAGGAUCGAUGAGACAGAGGCAUCGGGUGCGGGGAACAGACGGCGCGGAACGUCAGAUGCCAUGGGGCCUGCUGGUUCGCUGGUGCGGGGAGGUUAUGGUGUCAGGGCCGACAAGCGAAAACGGUGGAGUGUUUGCGGUGCUGAACGUCGUCAGGACCUGGAUUUGGAAACCAUCUGGGAGGAUUGA